CUGUAUUUUUAUGGAAACAUUGAAGGGAGAAUAUUUGUAAUUGGACACGCAAAUGACUCAAGAUGCUUUUCUCGAGAGACUGGCCAGCGCACUACUUCGAUUCUCAUUAACAAAGAUGACUGUGGUGUUAUCACAACACGAUCGUCAAACCCUCCAGGCUUAUUUUCAAACGUGAAAAUAAUGAUAUCCUUCCACAACGAAUUCAUCACCAAGGUAGACAGGGCGUACGAAAUCAGCUGUUUCUAUAUGCAAGCAGACAAAACCGUAACUUAUCCAAUGUCGGUAGCUACCCAAGAAAUUGCUGCACUCACAGAAAUUGCCGAAAUGCCACGUUGCCGAUACGAGGUCAUCGAUCCAGAUACUAGAGAUACGGUAGAUGUUGUUACGGUAGGAAGUAAAUUGCUACACAGAUGGAUUUGUGAAAGUACUGCACCUGAUCUUUGGUGCAUGACAGUACAUUCAUGUCGCGUCGAAGACGAAUCGGGAACGACUUUCUCAAUUUUGGAUGACAGAGGAUGUUCAAUCGAUCGAUAUCUUCUUGAUAACCUCGAAUAUGGACCGGGACCAUUGCAAGCACAGAAAGAAGCGCAUGCAUUCAAGUUUGCUGAUAAGGUAAGUUGA